AUGCAAAGAGCAAAUUGGGGAAAGAAGGGAAUUCCAAAAUACGCGAAAUGUGUCAAAGAUAUUGUGGCCAAGAAAAGCAAGUUAGCUGAAUUUGAAACAAUGGCACUCACUGAAAAGUUUAGUUCAAGAAUCUUAAACAAAAGUAAGCUUCCAGUUAAACAAAAAGAUCAGCCUGCAAUCUAUGAAGAGCUGUCUACUGUAACCAUCAUCGAUGAGGAAGUCUUAGCUCAAUGCAUUGUAGAAAAUGAUCCGUUGGCAAAAGUUGUGAUGGGUCAAGAUAUUGAAGAGGAUAUGGAAGCUAAAGAGUUAGCUAGUAUUGUGUUGGGACAUGAAGUGUCAAAAGGUGGUUUGAAGGUAGACAAAGCUAAAAUUGAAGUGAUUAAGAAACUUCCACCACCAAUUUCAGUAAAAGGAGUUCGCAGUUUUCUAGGUCAUGCCGGAUUCUACCGGCGAUUCAUUAAAGAUUUUUCAAAAAUUGCCAGACCCAUGUGCAGUUUGCUUGAAAAGAAGGUAAAAUUUAUUUUUGAUGAUAAUUGUUUGCAGGCCUUUGAAAUCUUGAAGAAAAAGUUGAUUGAAGCCCCCAUCCUGAUAGCUCAUAACUGGGAGUUACCUUUUGUGCUGAUGUAUAAUGCAAAUGACAUAGCAGUGGAAGUAGUUCUGGGAAAAAAGAAGGAGAUAAUUUUUCACUCUAUUUACUAUGCCAGCAGGACUCUUGACUCUUCUCAGGCAAACAACACUAUCAAAAAGAAGGAAAUGUUGGCAUUGGUUUAUGCUUUCGAUAAAUUCUACUCUUACCUGAAGUCGAUAAAGGAGGAAUUUCCAGAUGAGCAACUGUUGGAAAUAGCGAUACAAGAACUCCCAUGGUACGUAGAUAUUGUGAACUACAUUAUUAGUGGAGUGUUUCCUCCUUAUGCUACUUUGCAGCAAAAGAAGAAGCUUAUGCAUGAUACUAGGUUCUACAUAUGGGAUGAACCUUAUCUAUUCAAGCAAGGCAUUGACAGAAUGGUUAGGAGGUUUGUACCAGAAAUGGAGGUGCACCAAGUGUUGGAUAGUUGCUAUUCAUCACCAUACAGUGGCCACCAUGGAGGAGAGCGCACUGUGCAUAAGGUACUUCAGUCUGGGUUCUUUUGGCCUAUAUUGUUCAAAGACGCUACAGGGAGAAUUAUAAGUGAUGGAGGAUCACAUUUUAUCAAUCAAACAGUGAAGAACAUCUUGGCAAAAUUCGGGGUACUCCACAAAGUGGCCACAACUUAUCAUCCACAAACCAAUGGACAGGUGGAAGUCUCUAAUAGGGAAGUCAAACAAAUUCUGCAAAAGACUGUCAAUGCACAACGAAAGGAUUGGGCAGAAAAGCUAGAUGAGGCAUUAUCGGCAUAUAGAACUGCGUAUAAAACCCCCAUUGGAACAUCUCCUUAUCAAAUGGUAUUUGGUAAAGCAUGUCACUUACCGGUGGAUCUAGAAAAUCAAGACUACUGGGCAAUCAAAAAGCUCAACCUUGAUCUCGAGCUAGCAGGAUGGAAGAGGUUAGAUCAGUUGCAUGAGUUAGAAGAAUUUAGCCUUCACGCCUAUGAAAACGCCAAGCUUUACAAGGAGAAAACCAAGCGAUGGAAUGAUAAGCACAUCAUCAAUCAUACUUUUGAACCAGGACAAAAGGUACUUCUCUUUAAUUCUAGACUUAAGCUUUUUCCAGGAAAGCUGUAG